UAGUAUAUUAUUUUAAUUUUCUAAUAAAAACAGAUUGUUAAUAUGGUAUUUGUACAUUUUAACACACAUUGACGGAUUUAUCUGUCAGUAAAAGUUUCGAAAUGGCUCCACUCACAGAUUUGCUGUCAUGUAGCAUAAUCGAAAAAGAUUCUAACGGUGAUAUACUAUGGACAUGGUCCUAUCCAAUAGUUUCAGACUCGCAAAAAGCAGUUGUUGCAAGGAAAUGUAAUUUAGAACUAGAACACAAUUCUUCACAGGUAUUUGUAUUUUCAAGGCAUCAGUAUGAUUGGUUCUACAUACAUUGUAGUGAAGUAUUUGAUUCAGACAAAUUACCAAAAGUAAAACAAUUUGCAUUGGUUUUAUUUGCCAAAGAUUUUAAUCCAAGAAAAUAUGAAGUACUUUCAAGAGUUCUUAGUAAAAUGUAUUGCAAAACUGGCAUUCCAACAGAAAUAUUACAAUUGUAUUUAUCUGUAUUUACAAAAGGGUCAUGUUCUACUCAAGAAAAUGGAACAUUUGUCUCUGAUGAUUUUAACAACCAUUGUUUCACAAUAAAUACAAAUGUCAGAGAAAUGAUCAAAACAUUUGAAUUAGAAACAAUCUUAAUAUAUACAGCACUUCUACUAAAAAAAAGAAUAAUUGUCUACCACCACAGUUUGGAACAACUUUUGAAGUGGAUUGGAAUAUUUCCUGCAUUAAUGAAACAUCGUAAAGUCACUGACAAUUUAUUCCCUUGGGUUGAUUUGAUUGAUGAUGAAUUAGCAGAACUAAAAGUACAUUCACAUUAUAUUGCAGGCUGUAGAAAUAGUUCUAUUUCAUCAAGGACUGAUUUGUUUGAUUUACUUGUAAAUAUUCCAGCCAGAGAAAUUACAGUUGCAUCGCAUGCAAAAGAAAGUCUAACAAUGACAAAGACACAUAAAGAAAUAGCUCUAUUUAUGAUUCAGUUAAGUGAAAAUCAAUCCUAUGUAGAAACUCAAAUAAUAUCUGAAAUAAAUGAUAAAACUCAAGAUCUACUAAAUCAAUUGAAAUCUCUAGCUAUAGUUCAAGGACCCGACGGAAGAAAAAUGGUGUCCGCACAAACGCUGAAAGAAAAAAAUUUACCGCCAGCAGUAGAAAAUUUUUUAAUCAACUUAGCUAUAGCAGAAAAUUUGUUUUUAUUAUAA